CCCUCCCUCCUACUGCCCCACCUCUUCCCAGGCAGCGGUAGGUCCCGGAAGGACCCCGCCCCCAAAUCCCCCGUGGUCACUGUGGCCACGAGGAGGGGGGCCACGCCAUCCACCCCCUCCACGUCUACCACACAGGCACCCACAGCUCCCAGCACCCCACAGCCCACAGAAUGGACCAGGCCAUCUACAGUGGCCUCCUUUGGCCAGAGCCCCCCCUGGCCCCAGGGGUCCUCCAGAGCAGAAGCUGCGGGCACCUCUGCCGCUGCCCGUGCCCCUGCCAAGGGCUCCAAACUUUUCCAGCUCAAGCCUAAAUCUCCUCAAGUGAUGCCUAUGGAAGAAUUCCCAGACUGCGAGUGCUAUGGUCACUCCAACCGCUGCAGCUACAUCGACUUCCUGAAUGUGGUGACCUGCGUCAGCUGCAAGCACAACACGCGUGGCCAGCACUGCCAGCACUGCCGCCUGGGCUACUACCGCAACGGCUCAGCCGAGCUGGAUGACGAGAACGUCUGCAUUGAGUGUAACUGCAACCAGAUCGGCUCCGUGCACGACCGGUGCAAUGAGACUGGCUUCUGCGAGUGCCGCGAGGGCGCGAUGGGGCCCAAGUGCGACGACUGCUUGCCCACGCACUACUGGCGCCAGGGCUGCUACCCCAACGUGUGCGACGACGACCAGCUGCUGUGCCUGAACGGGGGCACGUGCCUGCAGAACCAGCGCUGCGCCUGCCCGCGCGGCUACACCGGCCUGCGCUGCGAGCAGCCGCGCUGCGACCCGGCCGACGACGGC